GGGAACAGUUGCUACAUGAUAGGUGGAUGAAGUACAAGAACUUACAAUUGGUUAAGGACUACACAGACUUAAAAAUGGAAGCUUGAUGCCCAAGACACUGGAUGGUCAAAUCACCAUGGAGAAAACACCCAGUUACUUUGUUACCAGAGAGACACCAAAACGAAUCUUCUCAAUGGCAAAGGACACUAAACUCAUCGUAGUGGUCAGGAACCCAGUGACCAGAGCCAUUUCAGACUAUACCCAGACACUGUCCAAGAAACCUGAGAUUCCAACCUUUGAAGGUCUGGCCUUCAAGAACAGGACCCUAGGCCUGAUCGAUGCUUCUUGGAGUGCUAUCCGCAUUGGAAUCUAUGCCUUGCACCUGGAGAACUGGCUCCAGUUCUUUCCCCUCUCCCAAGUCCAUUUUGUCAGUGGGGAGAGGCUCAUCAUUGAUCCAGCUGGAGAAAUGGGCAAAGUGCAGGACUUCCUGGGCCUCAAGAGGAUCGUCACGGACAAACACUUUUACUUCAACAAAACCAAGGGAUUUCCUUGCCUGAAGAAACCAGAGAGCAGCAGCACACCGAGGUGUCUAGGCAAAUCAAAAGGAAGGACUCAUGUCCAGAUAGAUCCAGAUGUUAUCGAGCAACUAAAGGAAUUUUACAGACCAUAUAAUAUAAAGUUUUAUCAAAUGGUGGGACAUGACUUUCGAUGGGACUAA